CUUGGAAAGCUUUUCACAAGAUGAUAUGUCAAUAACUAAAGCACAAGAUAGUGCUAAACUUGGUCUUUUAAUUUGUAAAAGUCUAGUAGAAAAUAAUGGAGAUCAAAUAAAGCAAAAAGUGAAUUGGGAAGAGGAAAUAAAUUUUUGUUUAUGUGGAAUAUUGAACUAUUAUCAUUGGUAUCUUUGUUAA